CCAGCUCGCAGUGUCCGGGGGGCCGAGCCUCGUGGCCGGACAGCGCACAGCGCUUCGCUCGAACGCAAGACGCACGAAACUCCGUCAGCGGGGGAUGGCGGACGAGAGGCGCCGCCCACAGCCGUAGCCGUGAGGGAGGCGACGUCGCCAUGGGCAACGCCCAGGUGAAGGCUUCCGCCAGCUUCGCCGGCAAGCAGCGCGGAAAGCUCUCCAAGAGCGUCCACUGGAGCCAUGCAGAGCGGCCGCCGCCUCCAGGGAAGCCCCGCCUGGUGCCGGGGACUCCCCACUCGCAGGCUGGCGUCGUCACCAUCCGCUGGGAUCCGCCGCCGCGGCACGGCGGGGCGCCUGUCACGGGCUACCUGGUGGAGCACCGGCGCGCGGGCACGCCGCACUGGGUGCGCUCGACGCCUGCGCCGACGCUGCGGCCCGAAGCGGCGCUGUCGGGCCUGGAGCCCGGCUGGCGCUACCAGUUCCGCGUCAGCGCAGAGAGCGCCGCCGGCCGCUCGGAGCCCGGGGAGCUGUCGGAGCCGCUCACCGUGACGCUGGACCGGCCGCAGGCGCAGCCGCCGCUCUUCACCGCCGAGCUGCGCGACGCCGUCGCCCUCGAGAACGACAAGGUGGAAUUCGUGGUGCAGUUUCGCGGCACGCCGCCGCCAGCCAUCUCGUGGUUCAAGGAUGGCUUCGAGAUCUUCAGCAGCCGGCGCAUGAAGGUGGUCACGGAGGCGGAGCAGAGCUCGCUGGUCAUCUUCCAGGCGGCCUUCAGCGACGAGGGCGAAUUCAAGUGCGCCGCCACCAAUCGCGUCGGGCACGCAGUCACCCGCUGCAAGCUGCGCCUCGAAGCGCCGCCGCGCAUCCGGCUGCCGCGGCAGUACGAGGACGGGCUGCUGUUCGAGCGCGACGAGGUGAUCCGGCUGAAGGUGUCCGUGCUGGGGCGGCCGCUGCCGCGCGUCACCUGGCACCACAACGGCGAGCCCGUCGCCUUCGGCGGCCGCCACGAGGUGGUCAACACGGAGCGCGGCUCGCAGCUGCGCGUCGCAGAGGCGCGCCGCUCCGACCGCGGGGAGUACCUGGUGAGGGCGACGUCGCGCCUCGGAGAGGACCACGCCUCCGUCCUCGUCACCGUGACAGAUAUCCCCCAUCCUCCAGGGAAAGUGAAAGUGGUGUCUGCUCUUGGACGUUCUGUCACCCUCUCAUGGUCUGAACCUGAUGACGAUGGAGGCUGCAAAAUUGGAAAUUAUAUUGUUGAAUACUACAGAUUAGGCUGGAAUGUGUGGUUAAAGGCAGCCACGUGCCGUCAGCUAAGUACCAUCCUUGGAGAUCUGAUUGAAGGUUCAGAGUAUAAAUUUAGAGUGAAAGCAGAGAACCCUUAUGGAGUGAGUGAGCCAAGUGAAGAAUCAGAUACUGUAUUCAUUCCUGACCCUAAGCGAGGACUGAUGGACCCACCCGCUAAGCGAGCAACACUUGAGAGGGAUGUACCACUAAUACCAGGUGGCAGAGCAACUACAAGUGAGGACCACUUGCCGACAGUGCCCAGGCAACCAGUAGCUAAGCGAUCAGCUAGUCUCACUAGAGCUGAUGAUCAGAAUAAGCAAACUCUAGUCAUUGAUAUCACAGGUAAACGUGGGAAUCUCAAGGCAAUGUCACCUGCUGGGAAGCCUGAUGUUCCUGAAAAUUUAGGGGAUGCUAUUAGAAGGUCCGAAGUAAAGAAGCCUCCUUCCUCUGCUAUUGAUACGAACAAGGUGAGCUCCGAAAAGCCUAAUGCUCUCAGAAGCAGCGCCACCGGUAGCGGAGCUGCGAAGUCCGAGAACAGCAGAGACGGUGACAGUGUAGUGCCAGUGAAACCCGUGCGGACAGCCCACGGAGCGAAGGAAGCGGCCAGAGGUGUGAGCACCGGGGGCAGUGCAGCCCCAGUGGCUGCGGUGCCCGCUGGCAGGGUGGACGAGGACUCGCGGCCGCUGACGGUGGUGCAGCACGAAAAUGAGAACGGCCGGCUGGCGCGGCGGAGGGAGCUGGUGCGCCGGGGGUCGAGCCAGGGACCGCGCGAGCAGGACGACCAGCUGGUGCACGGCAGCUCGGAGCUCAUGCUGCUGCUGGUGCCACAGGAGGAAGGUCAGAAAGAGCAGCGGACACCGCGCGACAGCGAGGAGCGGCAGGCGGGGGCGGCGGCGGCGGCGGCGGCGGUGCUGGAGCGGGAGGAGAGCGUGGCGCCGCCCAUGUCGCUGUCGGCGCCCGAGCUGGGCGGCGAGGACCCGGCGGGGGGCGACGGCGACCCGGGCGGCCCGCUGCGCAACGCCGUCAGCUCGACCGAGCUGCUGCACGACCGCGCCAACGCGCGCUUCUUCCAGGAGGCCGAGCAGCGGCGCAUGCUGCGCGACCGCGAGCGCGCCGAGCAGCAGGAGCGCCAGGCGCGCAGCAUGGCGGCCGCGCGCGCGCACCGCGCCCUCCACAGGCAGACCACCGACACGUCGGAGGAGGCGAUGGAGGAGGAUUCGCUGGAGGAGAGCGACGAGUCGGUGGACGAGCGGGACUUGGAGGCGGAGCAGAACCGCGCGUGGCGCAGCCGCCUGCAGCGGGGGCUCGCCGACCGCCUCGACGACGAGCAGGACACCUACCACCCGCCACGCGUGCUCGCAGCCGCCCCAGCUCCAGCUCCAGCUCCAGCCCCAGCCCCAGCCGCCGCUCCAGCAGACGCCAAGGCGCCACCAGCGGCUCAGGCGCAGACUGCCUGGGAGAGAGUUAACGGUGCACUACCGCAGCAGCAGCAGAAGCAGCCGCCACAAGAAACAGCUCUGCAGAACAGGGAGCCGCAGGCUGCAGCUUCUGACGUGAGAGGGAGGGAGAGGGCGGAGGAAGAGGACGAGAGGGAGGACGAGGAGGCGCAGUUGCGCGCCGCGGCGGAGGCGGCCCGCCGGCGCCGGGUCGCCAUGGCGUCGCGCCAGGCGUCGCUGGAGGAGGAGGCGGCGAUGCGGCAGGCCGUGUCCAGCCACUACGGCGAGCUCAUCAGCGACCUGGCGUCGCGGCGCUCGCUGCGCCCGCGCGCCUACGCCGCGCUGCUCGACGCCGACCAGCUCAAGGCCGCCGCCGACGAGGCAGAGCGCCGCCAGGCGUCUCCCGUCCCGGAAGAGGACGCCGCCGAGACCGGGGAGAACGGCGCGGAGGACGAGGCGCCGCCCGAGCACGAGCUGAAGGGCAUCCUCAAGAGCGCCAAGGCGGCAGAGCCCGCCGCUCCGGCUGUGGCGAGGUCGCCGCCGCGGCGGACGUCCUCCGAGGAGAGCGAGCCGCCCGAGGAGGAGGAGGAGGGCAGGGAGGAGGAGGAGGUGCAGCAGAGGUUCCGCGAGGACACGCCGGUGGUGCGCGAGCGGCUGCGCUCGCUGGGCCGGUCGCCGCUGCUGCUGCACCAGCUGGGCCGCAGCCGCUCCUCCGAGGACAGCUGCAGCUACGACGACGAGGAGGACGCGGGCCCGGCGACGGUGCCGGCGCGCUACCACCUGCUGGGGGAGGAGGAGGGCGGCCCCGCGCCGGCGCCCAUGCACCGCGACGACGGCGCGCCGCUGCGCAUCCCGGUGCGCGCGCUCGCGCGCUCCUCGUCGCGGGAGGAGUCGGACGACGCCGACCCGGAGCGCGUGUACCGCGAGCGGCUGGAGCAGCUGCGGCGCGAGCAGCGCGAGUGGGAGGCGCGCCGCCGCCGCGAGGAGCAGCUGUGGCAGCUGCGCCGCCGCCAGCUGCAGCUGCUGCAGCCGCAGGCGCAGCCGCAGCCGCAGCCGCCCGAGGCGGUGCGCCGGCGCGUGCGCUCGUGGCUCGAGUUCCUGAGCGACGCGGCGCUGCUGGCCGUCGCCUGCUGGCUCUACCUGUUCGUGGACGAGCUGCUGGUGGUGCCGCUGCUCGUGUUCCUCGUCUACGGCCAGCUCAGCGCCGCCGUCCGCCGCCGGCUGCCGCGCCUGCCGCGGCUCCCAUUCCGCCGCCGGCAGCCCGCGCCGCCUCAGGACCAGUAGCUCUCCUACAGACCGACACCUCUGUCCGACGUGUGCCGGGAUCCAGAGUUCUGAAUACGCCCUACAUUCGUCAAGAUGGUUCACGGUUGUC